AUGGCUCUCUUCGUGCGCCAGGUGAUAACUCUAACACUGAAGAACAUACUCAUUACUUUUCUUCGACACUGGUUCUCAACCACUCUUCGAGCUUUCCUCCUGCCCGUUAUCUUCGUAGGAUUUUUGUCGUAUGCUCGCUACCUCUUUAUCCCGCCGUCGGUCUAUGGCAUUGGGGAAGCCACUCAAAUUCGAAGUGUUGCCUCUGCCCUCGAGCUCGUAUCUGGUGGAAGAGAUAAACUCGUGUUUGUGGACAGUGGCUUCUCUGGUGGCGCUAUCAAUUCCGUCAUCGACCAAGUGGUUGCCGAAACUGGCUCGUUUGGUGGGAGCAUUGAGAGACUGUCACAAGAGGAGGAUCUUUUGACGACAUGCCGGAAUUCUAUUCGAGGAACUUCAACCUGCAUAGCUGGCGCCGUUUUCUUUUCAUCCCCAACUGAAGGAGAUGGUGGUCUUUGGAAUUACUCAAUUCGAGCUGAUGGUGGUCUUGCCCGAGAAAUUGUGACCGACUCUUCGAAAAAUGAUGUUGAGAUCUACUUACUUCCUUUGCAGCAUGCCAUAGACCGUGCUAUAUCCCAGGUGGAGAAUGGUAGCAAUGGUGCUACGAUCUUGGCUGAAGCUGUUCAGGAGUACCCUUAUACCUCACUCACGAAAGAACAGCGGCAAGCCCGCAUUCGCACCAGAUACAUGGGUGGCAUCAUUGAUAUCCUGGCAGUUGCUUUCUUCAUUGGGAUUGUCGGUGUGACAUAUCAGCUGACUGGCAUUAUUGCGACGGAAAGAGAGAUUGGGAUGGCACAACUACUGGACUGCAUGAUGCCAAAUUCCAAGAGAUGGCAACCACAAAUGGCAAGAAUUCUUUCGAACCAUCUUGCGUUCGACCUGCUAUAUGGGCCGGGUUGGAUUAUCAUGGCCAUCAUUCUUUCUGUGAGCGUCUUCUCUAAUACCUCCGCUGCAAUUGUCAUCAUUUUCCACAUCCUGUCUGGUCUCGCCAUGUCGUCCUUAUCGAUAUUUGGGGCGGCAUUCUUCAAAAAGGCACAACUGAGUGGCAUUACCUCAGUUAUCAUCAGUCUGCUGUUGGCCAUCGUGGCUCAAGUUGCGUCCAAGGGUGGAACAGCCUCUGUUGCUCUUCUUUCCUUAAUCUUUCCACCUAUGAACUAUGUCUACUUCACCAUAUUCAUGGCACGUUGGGAAAGACAGGAUCUCGCGACGAAUCUUGUCAAGAAAGCGCCGGAAAACACUUCAUCUUUGCCUGGGAUCGCUCUGUGGAUCUUCUCUAUUAUUCAAAUCAUUGUAUUCCCUAUUAUUGGUGCUUAUGUGGAACGCACACUUUAUGGUACUGCAUCCAAGAGUCGCAAAACUACCUUCUCAGACUCUAUCACGGCAGUCUCGCUCGAAGGAUUUACCAAGGAAUACCGACCCUCGCAACUUGCACGACUCCGUUCCAUACUUAGCCGACGCAGCCCCAAGACCGUUCUCGCAGUUGAUACUUUGAGUUUGAAAGCUGCGAAAGGACAGAUCAUGGUCCUACUGGGUGCAAAUGGCAGUGGUAAAUCGACGACAUUGGAUGCGGUUGCAGGGCUCCAUUCCAUCACUUCUGGAGAUAUUACCGUCAACUACCCCGAAGCUAAUACCGGGCUAGGACUGUGUCCUCAAAAGAAUGUUCUUUGGGAUGACCUCACCGUCGAAGAACACGUACGUAUUUUCAAUCGACUGAAGAGCAAGACGCCUUCGACAAAAGAAGAGAACCACCAUCUUCUUGGCCAGUGUGACAUAAAGUCAAAGAUGCGGGCCAUGUCAAAGACGCUGUCCGGAGGCCAGAAGCGCAAGCUCCAACUCGCGAUGAUGUUUACUGGCGGGUCGCGAGUAUGUUGCAUCGAUGAGGUUUCUUCUGGGCUUGAUCCUCUAUCUAGAAGGAAGAUCUGGGACAUACUGCUCACUGAACGUGGCAAUCGAUCCAUCAUACUCACUACUCAUUUUCUUGAUGAGGCCGAGCUACUUGCAGAUCAUAUUGCAAUUUUGUCCAAAGGUUCUCUGAAAGCCUCCGGAACUUCCGUGGAGCUGAAGCACAAGCUGGGAUCCGGCUAUCGUGUACAUGUCUACAAGACUCAUGGCGGUGUUGAAUUGCCGAAUUAUAACGACGUCGAUCAAGUCUCGCGCCGCGAUCAGACUAUAUACAAGCUUACCAAUUCCGGGAAAACCGCAGACUUUCUUGGUCGCAUCGAAGCCGCUGGCCUCUCUGAAUACCAGGUUAAUGGCCCAACAAUUGAAGAUGUCUUCCUCAAAGUCGCCGAAGAAGUCAGAAAUCCAUAUUCUGUGGAGAGGACGGAUGCCGCGGGAAAUGACCAGCUACAAGAGACUGGAAGUCGUAGUAGCGGGGGUGAAGCAGCGAACGAUGGCGAGAAGAAUCUUCCCGUGCUUGUUGUUCAAGACUCCACAUUAGCCAAUGUCCCAAAACUGCUCGACGGUCGACGAAUCAGCAUGCCACGACAAGCUGUGGUUCUGUUCUCAAAGAGGCUGGUUGUACUUCGCCGCAACACCCUGCCUUACCUGGCCGCCCUACUCAUUCCCAUCAUUGCAGCAGGUCUCGUGACACUAUUCCUCAAGAAUUUUGAAAAGGCAGGCUGCAGCCCUGAACAAACGGUUGAUAUAUCAGACAUCAUCUCACUCUCAACACAAAUCGAUUAUCAAUUGGUAGCUGGACCAAGAGACCGUCUUGGACAGGAAUCAAUUCAAACUUUUGCAGCUUCUCUGGCCGGUAGUUCUGGAGCCGCCAGUGUUGCCGAGAACCUUACUCAACUGCUUGAUUCUCUUCAUUUCGUGGACACCCUAGAUGAAUUCAAUGAUUACAUUGGCACUAAUUUUGCCAACGUUACCCCUGGGGGUUUCUUUCUUGGAGAUGAUUCAUCGGCGCCCACCUUUGCUUGGCGCGGAAAUGGAGACAUUGCGUUCUCUGUCAUCAUCCAGAAUGCACUGGACACGCUCUUGACCAAUGUAUCCAUCUCGAACCAGUACCAAGCCUUCGAUACUCCCUGGCCGCAAGAUGUUGGGAAAGCGCUUCAGUUGAUAACAUACUUCGGGCUGGCAAUGUCUGUCUAUCCUUCAUUCUUCGCGCUCUACCCCACCGUCGAGCGGUUGCGUAAUGUCAGGGGUUUGCAUUACAGCAAUGGCGUCCGUUCAGCACCGCUUUGGCUUGCUUAUACAGCGUUCGACUUUGUGAUUGUUCUUGUCACCAGCGCCAUCUCCAUCAUCAUUUUCCGGGCUGUCAGCAAUGCUUGGUAUCAUAUCGAGUAUCUCUUCGUCGUCUUCUUCCUUUAUGGCCUAGCGUCGACCUUAUUGUCGUAUGUGAUCUCGCUCUUCUCAAGAUCGCAACUGGCAGCGUUUGCUUUCGCCGCUGGAGGACAAGCCGUGAUGUUUCUGCUUUACUUCAUCGCAUAUAUGAGUGUCCUGACAUACUCUCCGGUUGAGAAAAUUGACAGCUAUGUCAAUAUCUGCCAUUUUGCGAUUGCAUCAAUAUCGCCAGUGGCAAAUUUGACAAGAGCUCUUUUUGUCACACUGAACAUAUUUUCGGUUACGUGCAGAGGUCGGGAGUAUGCGUCCGACCCUGGUUCAAUGACUGUGUUCGGCGGACCAAUCUUGUACUUGAUCCUACAGUCGUUUGCAUUGUUCGGCCUACUGCUUUGGUGGGACUCGGGUCCCCUGUUGCGAAGAUGGCGUGGUAAGCAACUAGAAGAAGAGGUCGAAGAGAAAGACACUGUUGAAGCCGAAGUCUCCAACGAGCUCGCCCGUGUAAGUUCCUCGCAAGACGGACUACGCGUCCUCAAUCUCUCCAAGCGAUUCGGUAAGAAUCUUGCAGUCAACAACGUCACAUUCGGAGUUCCUAGAAGCGAGGUCUUUGCCUUGCUCGGACCAAACGGAGCGGGCAAAUCGACUACUAUAUCUCUCAUCCGAGGCGACAUCCAGCCUUCACGCCGGGGGGGUGAUAUUCUCGUUGAUAGCGUAUCUGUCAUUCGCCAUCGAGCUCAAGCUCGAUCACGGCUUGGCGUUUGUCCUCAAUUCGAUGCUAUGGAUACUAUGACUGUGUCAGAGCACCUCCACUUUUACGCCAAAGUUCGGGGUGUCAAUGAUCCGCGGCAUAAUGUCGACGCAGUGAUGCGAGCCGUGGGACUAGAACAAUAUGCGGAUCGCAUGGCUGCCAAGCUGUCUGGAGGCAACAAGCGGAAGCUGUCACUUGGUAUCGCUCUGAUGGGUAAUCCCAGUGUACUCCUGCUCGAUGAGCCUUCAUCCGGGAUGGACGCAGCGAGCAAGCGCGUGAUGUGGCGAACAUUGGAAUCGGUAAUACCAGGGCGAUCGCUCGUGCUUACUACACACUCAAUGGAGGAAGCUGAUGCGUUAGCAACACGUGCUGGCAUCAUGGCAGGGAGAAUGCUUGCGCUGGGCACGACAGAAAGCCUACGCCGAAAGCACGGAGAUGCGUAUUACGUGCAUCUGGUCCACAAGCACGCCCCACAUGCUUCGGCAGAGGACAUGCAACGUAUCCGCGACUGGAUCCUUGCGACUUUCCCAGACGCAGACGUUGAGAGCAAGAUAUACGCUGGUCAAAUCCGGUUUUCUGUUCCCACGGGCACUUUGCGAUCUCAAGAUGAAGACGCGAUCAGCAUUCCUGGAUCCGGCAUUGCACUGUUAUUCACCGCACUGGAGAAAAGUAAGGCUGAGCUUCAAAUUGAGUAUUACAGCGUCAGUCGAGCUACAUUGGAUCAGGUAUUUUUGAAUAUUGUCGGCAAACACAACGUCGAGGAGGAAGGCGCUGAACACCAGGAUUUUAGUAGUCAGGAGAAUAAGUGGGUAUCUGGACUUCUUGCAAAGUUUCGCUUGCGGGCGAGGAAACCCCGGAGAUAG